UUGUUUCAAACGUACCAACAGUCAAGUGCAUGGAAUAUGGCACAUAGUGCAUAGUACUAUUAAUAAUAGCAACAAUAGCUAAAAUAAUAGGGAAACGUCAUUAAUAAACAAACAACAAUUUCCAGUGAAAAUGUAUUGGUGAAACUAUUUUGUUGCAUUUAACUACAGCCUUUUUUUUAUUUUUCUUUUUUUUCAGUUUUAACUGUUUGCAUUGUCUUUGAAAUGAAAAUGUUCAUAAAGUUUUGAGGUUUAAGCUGCGUAAACGUACACGCUAAAGUCUCUGCGGAACCAAUGUUGGGUGCUCCAGUUUUCUUCCCGGACUCGUUUCCCGCGCGGACACCAACAUUUCAAAUCCUCGCAGAGCCGAUCGUUGCGGGUCAGCAUGAAGACUAUGUUGAGUAUCAUCUCUAACGCGCUCUGCAGGAUGACGGGCAGGAACGCGGGACCCCAGACAGUGCCGGAGCUGCUGAAUGACCUGUCAGAGUACGUCAGUCUGACUUCGCCGCCGGCGCCGCCCGCCUUGGCACAGACCCAGAAGCAACCAGAAAAUCCUGCACCAGUCAGUACUAGAGGCUCCAGCUCCACAGAACAGUUAGCUAGCGUCCAGACUGACCAGCCAGAGCAACCAGUGCGGGCUGCCGGCGUGGUCGUGGCCCGCUCCUUCACAGACUUCACUCCUCAGGUGACCUUUGACAUCAAGAAAUGCGACCUGCACCGUCUGGAGGAGGGCCCGCCCCUGAAGGCGGAGCUAACGCGGGAGCAGGGCCUGCAGUAUUACCGCACCAUGCAGACGGUGAGGCGCAUGGAGCUUAAGGCGGAUCAGCUCUACAAGCAGAAGAUCAUCAGAGGCUUCUGCCAUCUGUACGAUGGACAGGAAGCGUGCGCUGCAGGGAUUGAAGCGGCCAUUAACCUGUCCGAUCACCUGAUCACGGCGUACCGGGCUCAUGGCUACACCUACACCCGCGGCGUGUCCGUCAAAGAGAUCCUGGCUGAGCUCACAGGUCGUAAAGGAGGCGUGGCCAAAGGAAAGGGAGGCUCCAUGCACAUGUACGCCCCCCAUUUCUACGGGGGCAACGGCAUUGUUGGUGCGCAGGUUCCUCUGGGGGCAGGAAUCGCUUUGGCCUGCCGUUACCAGGGCAACAACCAGCUGUGUGUCACGCUGUACGGAGACGGAGCGGCCAAUCAGGGCCAGCUCUUUGAGACCUUCAACAUGGCGGCUCUGUGGAAGCUGCCGUGCAUCUUCAUCUGCGAGAACAACAAGUACGGCAUGGGCACGUCGGUGGAGAGGGCGGCCGCCAGCACCGACUACUACAAGAGAGGAGACUUCAUCCCGGGACUCAGAGUGGACGGCAUGGACGUGCUGUGCGUCAGAGAGGCUACAAAGUUUGCUGCAGAUCACUGCAGAGCUGGAAAGGGUCCUAUUGUGAUGGAGCUGCAGACCUAUCGUUACCAUGGACACAGCAUGAGUGACCCGGGGGUCAGUUACCGCACGCGGGAGGAGAUCCAGGAGGUCCGCAGCAAGAGCGACCCCAUCUCCAUGCUGAAGGAGCGCAUGCUGGCAAACAACAUGGCGUCUGCAGAGGAGUUCAAGGAAAUCGACAUCGCCAUCAGGAAAGAGGUGGAGGAGGCGGCUCAGUUUGCCACCUCGGACCCCGAGCCGCCGCUGGACGAGCUCUGCAACCACAUCUUCCACAACGAGCCGCCGCUGGAGGUCCGCGGGACGAACCCCUGGUCCAAGCUGAAGUCCGUCAGCUGAAGUCCAGCCGGAGGAGGAGUCAGGCCUCCUGAGGGGUCUGCAUCUCCAUGAGACUUUAGCUUCUACUUGAAACCUGCCAGUGUUUAUUUAUAGUUUUAAUGAUUUCUGUUCCUGCUGCUGGUGUGAGCACAGUGCAGCUGGAGAAUGUCUACCUGCUGCUGAGCUGCACAAAAGACGCACAAAAACAGCCUUUUCCUAAGAAACAGAGCCAGUGUCGGGUCUUUCAGAACUUCCAGUUUGGGGUUUGUUCUGUGUGGACGAGCAGAAACAUGCCUUGGCUGGUUCUGUUUUCUGCUCUGAGGAUCAAAUGGUUAACCUGAUUCCUGCUGGGAGAUUCAGCUUUUGAAGGAAACGUCUGCAUGUCUUUAGUGUCCUUGUUUUUCACUGAGCAGUCUGCAGGAGGCUGUGGGCUCACAGAUUCACGCCUGAUUGUUAAAAGUCCCGAUCUGGUGAAAUGACCCAGAAGCCUUUGUGUGCAUCCCAUGCUUGGUUCCAGCUCCAGUCAUCGCAGCACUACUUCUUUCUCCUUUAUGUCGUCACAGAACAGAUUUCCAGCAGUUCAUUUUCCAUUCCUGCUCCAUUUUUAAGUGUCAUGGUUCAGUUUUUCAGAGACAAAUGUGAGGUGAACUAAGUGUGUAGAAACUUUUCACUAUUUAAACGCUUAAAUUUCCACUUGGAUACAAAAAAAAAAUUCCAAAGAAUUUCCUCUUCCUAACCGGCAGACAAAGAAUAAAAGUUUUAUUUUAUGGAUAAAGGUGUUCUAAAUGACCUUGAAAAGAUCAGCAAUGAACUCCUAUGUAUGUUUCUGUUUACUGUUACUGAUCUUAUAAUAUAUAUAUUUAUUAUUUAUGUCACUCUGAAACUAUUUCAACUGACAGAAUAAAAAUAAAUUAUCUGUACAAACGUACGCUGCUGUUUUUCUUUCUUUAAUCCUCUUGGUUUUGUAGUUAAAAGAAAUCUGCACGAAGUUUACUUUUCUCGUGGUGCAGUUCCACCCUCUGCCAGCAGAUGUCACUGAUGAACUGUUAUUUAAAAUUUAAAAAAGUUUAAAUUAGCAAUGUAUAUGAUUUUAAAACAACACGGACAAUUAAAGAUCAAAAAUAGUGCUUGGACAGUUUACUAUACAAUAAAAAUGUGAAGUCUAAAGCAAUAGAGUUUUAAAUGAGUAAAUAAAAAGAUUAUUUUGAAAGUUUGCUAUAUUUUUUAUGGCCACAUUUCUUUUAAAAGGAAUCCCAUGAUGUGCAUUUAUGUGCUUGAGAUGAGUCCAAGUGUGAAAAAAAUGUUACAGCUGUGACCCCAAAUGUAUAUGUAAAAUAAAAAGUUUAUUUAAUCCAGUGUGGUGGUUUUCACCAUAAAAUAACUCUUCCCUCUAAUUUGUCCCGUAUGAAUGGAUUAGUUUGUCAGUGUGUGUUGAAUGUUCUCAGAUGACUUUCAUCAGGUAACUUCUGUGAUUCAGACUGAAGCUGACCUGAGUCCUUGCUUCUCCUUUAUUGUUGUUUUCUCUGACUUUCAAUCAUUUUUGAUCCUGGUUGGUUUGCAUUUUUGUCACAUAUUUUUUUGUUUGUUUUUUUUCUAAUAUUCCUCCAAACCUCAUUUAAAGAUUUCUGCUUGUCACGUCUGUCACUUGAGUUUUUUAAAGAACAGAAUAUUGAUGUUUUAUUGGAGAUUCUGCUUCUGUCCUCCAGAAAAAAACUCUCCAGAGUUUACAAAACAAAAGUGUUCGAGAUGUUUUUGCUAUAGAAGUUCUCACUUUUUUAAUUCUAGGAUUAGAAUUAAACUAUAUGCGAUACGACUGUUGAUUAGACAGAAGCUAUGACCCUUUGACUUACUGUUAGAUUGGUUCAUGGACAUGAUUACACUAAAAAGUUUAACAUUGAACCAGUUAACUAAAGUUCUGUAAUUUGUUACAUUUAAAAAUAUGAAUUUGAUUAAAAUUAACAUUUUAAACUCAGUGAACCAUCAAUUGACGUUUUGAUUUGAUGAAAACAAAUCCUUUUAAAUGUAACAAAUUACUGUUUUCAGUCUAUUACAGUACAUUUCAAUUUUUUU